AUGCUUAUUCGUCAUCAGGUGGCACUUCCUCCAAAUUAUCCUUACAUUCCAAUAUCUCAGCAUGUUUAUCUCAUGGAGCCCGCUAAAGAAUAUCAAUUUGAGCUGGAUCCGUUCCAGAAAGCGGCAAUCGCGUCGAUUGAAAGAUCAGAAUCAGUUUUAGUUAGUGCUCAUACUUCGGCCGGCAAGACUGUAGUAGCUGAGUACGCGAUUGCUCUAGCAUUAAAAAAUAAACAGAGAGUAAUCUAUACAAGUCCGAUUAAGGCUCUAAGUAAUCAAAAAUAUAGAGAACUGGAAUCGGCUUUUGGUGAUGUGGGUUUACUAACGGGUGAUGUGACUAUCAAUCCAAACGCGAGCUGUUUAGUGAUGACAACUGAGAUUUUACUCGCAAUGCUUUAUCGUGGUAAUGAUGUUAUUAUGCGAGAAGUCUCCUGGGUUGUUUUUGAUGAAAUUCAUUAUAUGCGAGAUAAAGUAAGGGGUGUAGUUUGGGAAGAAGCUCUAAUAUUAUUACCUCGUCAAGUACAUUUUGUUUUCUUGUCUGCAACAAUUCCCAAUGCAAUGGAAUUUGCUGAAUGGAUAUGCAAGAUACAUGCUCAGCCAUGCCAUGUUGUAUAUACUGACUUUCGUCCCACACCUUUACAACACUACAUUUAUCCUUGUGGAGGUGACGGUAUUUUUAUGGUAGUUGACGAAAAUGGUGCCUUCAAAGAAGAUAAUUUCUUACAAGCAACUCAAUCAUUAUUACCGGAUCAAGAUGUUGAAUACAAAUCUCUUAAGGGUAAGAAAGGGACUGUAAUUGAUAGAUCCACCAAAGGUCCUUCAGAUAUUAUUAAAAUUAUAAAUAUGAUUAUGCAAAGGGAUUAUCAACCUGUAAUAAUUUUUUCUUUUGGAAAAAAUGAAGAAAAAAGAUUGGUAAAAACUGUGUUUGAUAACGCAAUUAAUGUGCUUGAUGUGGAAGAUCGGCAAUUGCCACAAAUAAAAUUUUUAUAUCCUUAUUUGUUACGUGGCAUUGCCUUUCAUCAUUCUGGAUUAUUACCUCUUUUAAAAGAAAUAGUCGAGUUGCUAUUUCAGGAAGGUUUAAUAAAGGUCUUAUUUGCUACUGAAACUUUUGCUAUGGGACUUAACAUGCCAGCUAGAACUGUAGUUUUUACAGAUGUGAAAAAAUUUGAUGGUGAACAUGUUAGAUAUAUAACUUCUGGUGAAUAUAUUCAAAUGUCAGGCCGUGCAGGUCGAAGGGGCAUUGAUAACAGAGGAAUCGUGAUCUUAAUGGCAAAGGAAAAAAUGGCCCCCAAUGCUAUUAAGGAAAUGAUCAUGGGUGAAUCAGACAACUUGACCUCGGCUUUUCACUUAAAAUACAACAUGAUUUUGAAUAUGUUGAGAGUUGAAGGGAUUAGUCCAGAAUUUCUUUUGAAAAAUAGUUUUUAUCAAUUUCAGAAUACUGCUACCUUACCAGCACUUGAAGAAGAUCUCCGUCGAGCAGAUUUGGAUUAUUCUAACUUUAUAAUACCUGAUGAAGAUGUCAUUACCGAGUAUUAUGAUACUCGCAGGCUAUUGGAUGUUUAUACUCACGAAAUGAGGCAAAUCAUAAAUCAUCCAUCUAAUUGUCUUCAAUUUCUUAAACCAGGCAGAUUGGUACGAGUAAGACAUGCAGAUAUGGAUUUCGGAUGGGGGAUGGUAGUUGCAUAUGGGAAAAGGGUGGAUCAAAAUUAUACUACGGACUCGAACCUUGAACAAAGAUUGCAAGAAAAUAAUGAUAAUCAAGACAACCAAUCAUCAUCUGAUAAAUAUUUUGUUGAUGUAUUAUUAUAUUGUGAUAAAGAUUCUAUUGUUGCUAAAGCAGCUGAUGGAACAACUACUGGUGUAAGGCCUUGUAAAGAAAAUGGGACUGGUGAAAUGAUGGUUGUCCCUGUCGAAUUAAAUAGUUUGUAUUGCAUAAGUCAGAUCCGUAUAUUUCCUCCCAAAAUUUUGGCACUUAAACAAGUUAGACAAAGUGUUUAUGAUAGUAUUCAAGUAAUAAUUAAACGUUAUCCUAAUGGAUUAACACCACUAGACCCUAUUGAAGACAUGGGUAUAGAAGAUGAAAAUUUUCACAAGUUGAUAAGGAAAAUCGAAGUUCUUGAAGAUAAACUUUUCUCCAAUAAACUUCAUAACAUUCCACAACUUCCAUCAUUAUAUGAGCAAUACGCAAAAAAAGUUGCACUUCGUGCCAGAAUAAGAGCCUUGAAAAAGAAAGUCAACAAAGUUCAAUCUAUCUUGCACCUGGAUGAUCUUAAGCAUCGUAAACGAGUUCUACGUCGAAUAGGAUAUUUAACCGAUGAUGAUAUAGUUACAGUUAAGGGUCGUGUCGCCUGUGAUAUCAACGUUGGUGAUGAAGUUGUUCUGACUGAAAUGUUACUAAAUGGUGUUUUUAGUGAUUUAUCAGUUGAAAAGAUAGCGGCGCUUCUCAGUUGCUUUGUAAUAGAACAACAUGAUAAAGAAAGGGUCAAUUUAAGAGAAGAUCUAUACGUUGUAUAUCGUAGAUUACAGGAGAUUGCACGAAACAUCGUAGCUGUAUCAAUAGAGUGUAAGCUUCAAAUAAAUGAAGAAGAAUAUCUUGCUAGUUUCUGCCCAGACAUGAUGGAACUAGUGUAUAGUUGGUGUCAAGGAAAAUCAUUCGCAGAAAUUAUGAAAAUGGCUCAAAAAUACUAUGAUGGUCAUGUCAUUAGAGUGUUUCGAUGUUUAGAUGAAUUAUUACGAGCAAUGGUUACUGCAGCUAAAAACAUUGGGAAUUCAGAGCUAGAAAUGAAAUUUCAAGCGGCUAUUAGUAAACUAAGACGAGGCAAAAGUUUGGAUUUAUGA